AGGUGCACUCGCAGCCCCUCGCGCCGCCGCCGGCGGAGCCCCAGUCGGCGGAAGCGCAGCAGGAGCGGCAGGCGGAAGCGAAGCCGCAGCGCCUCCGCCCGCAAGGGCGGUGGAGGGCACCGGCGACGCAGCCCCAGGCGGCGCAGCGGCAGCCGCCGCGGGGCGCGGAGCGGCAGCCGCCGGGGGAAGAGCGCUCGCAGAAGCGCGGGCCGCGACGACUCGGCCAAGCCAGCCGCCGUCGCACCCCAGCCAGCGGCACAGCCCGCCGGCGGCAGGGAGGCCCCGGCGGCAGCGGAGGGCGCCCGCCCUGGCAGCGGCGCCGAGCCCUACGACCUGGAGGCCGCCCUGCCGCCAGCAGAGGCGGCCGCGCCGGCUGCGGGCCGUGGCACGCCGGCCAGCGCCGCGCCAGAGGACGGGGCGAGGCCUGCCCCGGCGGCAGGCGCGGGCUCGGACGCGAACAGCGACGGCGGCGACAAGGCUGGCAACGACGAGCCGGAGGGAAAGCGGCAGGCGGAGGACUCCAAGGCCGACGCAUCCGACGGCGAAGGGUGGAAGCCCAAGCGUGGCGCCGCCGUUCAGGAUGCUGCUGUGGACGCAGCCGCUGAGGAGACUGCGCGGGUGAAUCGAGCAAAGGUGGGCUCCAGGGUCCCGAUGAUGUGCACCCAGGAGGACGCCGCGGACCACUCCGAGUAGGCCCCGCAGGAAGUGCAUCGCAGGCGUGAGUGGCACGCAGCUCUGCGACUUCCUGUCCACGCGGGGACGUGGGUGGUGUGCGAUUGUAGAAAAGAUCGCUCGCGCGGUGAUGAUGGGGGCCAGCAGGAGGGAGGGCGCAGCAGAUCCUAGGGCGCGGCAGUCUCUGGGGGGCAGAAGCGUGAGCGCAUCCUCGGAGCGCUGUCGGAGAGGCUCGCUGACCCUCCUCGGCAGGAGC